GCUCUCUGGCACACAGAGAACAGUGUGUCCAGAGCUUAACCUGGAAGAGCACAGGCAUGGUGCUCUGGGGUCUCGUGCUCGGAGCCCUGCUGGUGUUCACCGUGGGGUUCCUGUGUCUGCUGGGGCUGUCCCGGCAACGCAGGCCCCAGGAGCCCCCUCUGGAUAAAGGCCCUAUACCCUGGCUGGGCCAUGCCAUGGCUUUCCGGAAGAAUAUGUUUGAAUUCCUGAAGCACAUGUGGGCCAAGCAUGGAGAUGUGUUCACAGUGCAGCUAGGCGGCCAGUACUUUACCUUUGUCAUGGACCCCCUCUCCUUUGGCCCCAUCCUCAAGGACGCACAGAGAAAACUAGACUUUGUGGAGUAUGCGGAAAAACUGGUGCUAAAGGUAUUUGGGUACCAGUCAGCACAAGGAGACUACCGGAUGAUACACUCAGCCAGCACCAAAUACCUCAUGGGGGACGGCUUGGCAGAGCUCAACAAAAGCAUGCUGCACGGGCUGUCCCUGGUCAUGCUGGGGCCCAUGAGCCAGAGUCCAGAUGCUAGUUGCUGGCGUGAAGACGGCCUCUUCCACUUCUGCUACAACGUCUUGUUCAGGGCUGGCUACCUGAGCUUAUUCGGCUAUACAAAGGACCAGGAGCAGGACCUGCGACAGUCCGAGGAGUUGUUUGUCCAGUUCCGCAAGUUUGACCGCUUGUUCCCCAGGUUUGUUUAUUCCUUGCUGGGGCCCCGGGAGUGGCUAGAAGUGGGCCGGCUCCAGCGUCUCUUCUACAAGGCACUGUCUGUGCAGCAAAACUUGGAAAAGAAUGGCAUCAGCAGCUGGAUAUCCUACAUGCUUCAGUAUCUGAGGGAGCAGGGAGUAGCCCCAGCCAUGCAGGACAAGUUCAACUUCAUGAUGCUCUGGGCCUCCCAGGGGAACACGGGCCCGAUCUCUUUCUGGGCACUCUUGUUCCUGCUAAAGCACCCAGAAGCCAUGCAGGCUGUGAAGGAGGAGGCCACCCAAGUCCUGGGGGAGGCCAAGCUGAAGGCCAGGCAGUCCUUCGACUUUGACGUCAGCAUCCUGCACCGCACUCCAGUGCUGGACAGCGUGAUGGAGGAGACGCUGCGGCUGGGGGCUGCGCCCACCCUCCUGAGGGUGGUACACGGUGACCACGUCCUGAAGAUGGCCAACGGACAGGAGUACCAGCUCCGAAGUGGAGACACCGUGGCCCUUUUCCCCUAUCUUUCAGUGCACAUGGAUCCUGACAUCCACCCGGAGCCCACUGCCUUCAAGUAUGAUCGCUUCCUCGACUCCAGUGGUAGCCGCAAAGUGGACUUCUACAAGGCCGGCAAGAAGAUCCACCACUAUACCAUGCCUUGGGGCUCAGGUGUCUCCAUCUGCCCUGGAAGGUUCUUGGCCAUCAAUGAGAUGAAGCUCUUUGUCCUGCUCAUGGUCAUGUACUUUGACAUGGAGCUCGUGGACCCUGACACACCUGUGCCACCUGUGGAACCCCGCCGCUGGGGCUUUGGCACCAUGCAGCCCAGCCACGAGGUGCGCUUCCGUUACCGCCUGCGACCUAUCGACUGAGACCUGACAAGGUGGAUGUGAGCCUGUUCUCCAGACCUCCCUUGGGAUCUCCACCUCCUCCAGCCCUUCUGAAGCACCCCCCUUCCCUCGGGUUCUGUGGGAUCUCCUACCUCUGUCCAGGUGGUCUUCCUUAGCUUUCUGGCUUUUCUCUAGCUACUUGAUAGGCUUAUCAAUCUCUCUUGAAAUCACCGUCUCUCAGAGUGGGUUCUGCAGAACCCCCCCCUCAUACAAAGUCCACAGGAAGGGGAACUAUCUAGGGGAAACUUAGUUUUGGAAAGAAUGCCUACCUUGACAAGUCCUGCAGUACAGAAAUGGGUUAUCGUGAGCCAUGAUAUUCCCGUGCAGAUGCUACCCUCCACCCUUCCACCUCACUGUAUUAUUUUCCUCAAUGCCUAUUCCACAUCCUAUGGAAUUCAGGUUCGUCCAGAGCAACACAAGGCAAGCCAUGUGUGUAAUUUUUAAUUUCCUAGUUGACACAUUUUUUAAAAAGCAAAAAGAAACAGGUGAAGUUCAUGUUUAUGAUAUAUUUAACUUAACCCAAUAUAUCCCAAAUAUUAGCAUUUCAGUAUGUCAUCAAUAUAAGAAUAUUAGUGAAAUAUUUUUACAUUUCUUUUUCUUGUGUUGCCUUCAAAAUCUGGCAUGUACUUUUUCUCCUUGCAACAUGUCUCAUGUCAGACCAGCCACAUUCUAAGUGCUCAACAGCCAUGUGUGGCUAGUGGCUCCUGAACUAGAUAGAGCAGGUCUGGAGACAUGUUGCCUUUUAGAUGGGAGUUAUUAAAGGAGCCCCCACUCCGUGGGGACCCUCCACACCCCCACCACACCCCCACCCCAGGGUGAUCCUAGUCCCUCCUCUGGUUUCCUCAACCAUUGCUGAGCUUGGAGCCCUCUCUGACUUCCAGACCCUCAUCCUCCCCACUGGGGUCCCACAGACCCUCUGACUCAGUUUGGCUCACAUAGAACUCAGCAUCUGUCCCCCACCUCUGCCCUGAACCACGUCCUUCUCUGGAUUUCCCUGUCUGUCUCUCCUCAAGACAUCACCACCAAUCUAUCCCCCAAGACAGACACAGAGAUGACAUCCUCACCUCCCCAGCUCUCACCCACAGUCAGGCUCCAGUUCUGUCAGUUCAAGCCCUUGCAGUGUCUCU